UCUGAUCUUACACUCAAAGAAAAGGAGGAGUUGAUUGAAGAAUGGCAACCAGUACCUCUUGUUCCUCCUGUUUCUAGCGGCCAUCCUGCUCUCAAUUACAACAUUAUUUCAGGGACUGCUCUGCAUCUGGCCUGUGCCAGUGGCCAUGAAGAAGUGGUGACUCUGUUAGCAGAAAGAAAAUGUGAACUUGACAUUUGUGAUGGUCGAGACAAGACAGCACUGAUAAUGGCUGUGCAAUGCCAACAUGAGAAAUGUGCAAAUAUUCUGCUGGAACAUGGUGCUGAUCCCAAAGCUGCAGAUGCCAAGGGCUACACCGCUCUUCAUUAUGCUGCUCAUCAUGGCAUGAUAUCGAUGGCAGAGAAGCUGCUUUCACUCCAUGUGCAUGUUGAUGUCAGAAGCGAGGCAAAAAUGACACCACUUCUGUGUGCUAUAAAUGCAGACAAGCCACAAAUGGUGGAAUUUUUAUUAAAUAAAAAUGCAAAUGUAUAUGCUGUUGAUGAAAUGCACAGGACAGCUCUCAUGUUUGCUGCAAAACAUAGAUCAACAUAUCUGGUCGAGCUGUUUCUUCAUCUUGGUGUUAAUCCCUGUUAUAAAGAUGACUUGGGAUAUACUGCAGAAAUUUAUGCAAAUUUUAGUGGAUUUAAUACCUGCUGUGAGCUACUUUCUAAAAGUGUAGAGAAAUUCAAACCUGAAAUGUUUCAAAGUUAUAAUGCAAUAGGAAAAAAGAGUUCUGGAGACUCUAUACAAAGCAUUUUCAAGAAACCUAAGAGGGAUGAUUCACGGCCUACAAAGGGUGAUGACGUCUUAGAUCUCGAUACCAAGGAAGGAGAAAGAAUAUCAACAAUUGGAGAAAAAGAAAAUGGUAUUGAUGUUAUUGAACAAGAGCAAAGAAAGAAAGACGAUUUAACUUGUGAUAGAGUGCGCAGAACAUGUAGACAAUCUGCAAGAUCCAAUUUCAGAACAGGAGAUGAUGAGGUCAUAGAGUCAUUUUGGGAGUCUGAGGUUGAUGAAGAAACACACAGAAGAAGUGAAAUGGAAACAUCAAAAAAUGUACUUGACGGUGCUGUUGCUCUUUCUUGGGACGAGGGCGAUGGAUUCACUCAACAGAGUGCAAAAGUUGAUCAUCAACAAUUUCCUGCGAAGGAGAAUGUUAUACGAGUGUUGGAGACUGAUUCAUCUUCUGAUGGUCCACCAUGCGUGAAUGCUGACAACAGUUUACAUGAAAGAAAUCUGGAAGAAGAAAGGCCUACAAAGGAAACAUCUAAGGAAAAGAAGAAGUCAUAUCAGGCAGCCUCAGAGGACCAUGACUUGCCUCACUCUAAUUACAAGAAUCCUGCAGUGCUUAGAGUGGACUCUAAAGAUGCUGAUAGCCAAAUAAAAAUCCAGGAUGCAAUGUUGCCAGGUGAAAGAUUAAUAGAACAUAAAGAAAGUCAUUAUGAAGAACUUAUAGGAAGAAUUCAGAGGCUGGAAAAUGAAGAAAGUGGACUACAAAAGGAGCUGUCAGAAACCAAAGAGAUCAACUCACAAUUAGAAGUGAAAAAAGUGAAGUGGGAAGAAGAAUGCUGCAGUCUGUGGGAAAAUUUAAAAGAUAAAGAAGAACAGUACAAUGAAGUGGAAGUGAAAGGACAGCUUGAAAUUGAUCUUAGAACUCUGGAUGUAGAAUUAGACACUGGAAAAGAUACUUUGUAUCAAGUUGAAGAAGAGCAUGAAAACACCAAGAAAAAAGUUUCUUUGGAACAAAGUUUCAGAAUAAUACAAGAUGAAAUUAUGACCCAUCACCUUUAUGAACAAGAGGAGCUAGAAAUGACUCAAAAGAAAAGAAACUCAGAGGUUUCUGAUAAAUACAAAAUAGAAAAAUAUCCGCUGGGAGCAGAGCACAUAUUGCAGAAUGAAAUUGCUCAACUAAGAGUGGAAAUAGAUAAAAUACAACAUCUGAACCAAGAAAAGGAAAAGAAAUAUGUUGAGGACAUUCAAAUCCUAAAAGAAAAGACUCAUGAUCUUGAAAAGACAAUAAAAUGGAAUGAGGCAUCAUUAAGUAAAACAAUAUCCCAGCAUAGUGAAGAGCUUAAUGUUCUAAGAACUCAGAAUAUGAUGUUAAAUUAUGAACUGGAGAAUGAAAAGCAAAGCAAGGAAAGACUGGAAGCAGAAGUGGAAUCAUACCAUUCUAGACUGGCUGCGGCUAUACGUGAUCGUGAUCAAAAUCAAAAAUCAAAAAGAGACCUAGAACUUGCUUUCCAGAGGACAAGUGACACGUGGUUUUGUGUACAAAGAAAAAUGAAUGAAGAAAUAAUGAAACUGAAAGAGGAAAAUGAGAGUCUUUCUCAACCUUCUGAAACUGAAAGUAAAGUCCAUAACCUACAAACUGUAGUCUACCUGAGAGAAAAAACUCCCAGAGAAGAGAAUUUGCUGUUACAGCAAGUAGAGAGAAUCCUAAGCAAAGCACAGGGUCUACUAAAGGAAAUUGAAUUCAAAUAUGAGGAAAACUGUCGACUACAAAGCAAAAAUAUGUUGCUUCGACAGCAGUUGGAAAAUGCUCAAAAGGAAGCUGACGCUAAAGCAAGGACAAUGGAUAUGCAGGAUCGGCUUUGUGAAACUAUCAAACACCACGUUCAGAGUGAAAAACAAAGCCUUAUGGUGCAAGAAAAUGAGUCACUCAGUGAAUCUGAUCAUUUCAAAGAAAGACCGCAUCAAUAUGAAAAUGAAAGAGGAGGACAGCCGGGUAGGACUGUCUGCAGGACAGCGGCCCUCGCAGCCAUUCCUUUGCCCUACGGUAGCGCUUACAGCCUAAGGCCGCGUGGGCCGCGCGCAGAGGCAGUUCUCACGCCUUGUGGCAACAGCACACAGCGUCCCUUGCUGGCGGUUCCCGCUCAGGGGGGCACGGCAGAUGCCGGCGCGGGCAUGGGCAUGGGCGGCAGUUGGGGCGGGGCGGCCGUGGGAGGGAAGCAGUUACUUGAAGAGGAAGUAGUGGAAGUCCAGGCCCGGCCCCUCCAGGUGCAGGUGCACACUUGGCCUGCACCUGCUCGGGGGCGCAUCUCCUCCUGCGUCUGUGCCGCUGCCCUGCCCCAGGCGGGUCUGCGCCCUCUUGUGGCCAGCUCGCUGCAGGCAAGCCUUUGGAGCAGGGAGCCCCGCCAGCUGCAGACAGGGCGGCUACUCCUGUGCUGUGCUGUGCUUCCGCGGAGGGCCGCGUCCCUGUGCCAGGCCUGGGGUGCGCCUGAGGCCCAGCUGAGUCAGGGCUGCCUCCCUCACGUCCCAGUAGUGAGGCCCAUGGGGAGAACUUAA